AUGCGCACCCACUUGCUGAUGGUGGUGCUGGCGGCGCUUGCCGUUGCCGCGGCAGGUCAGGCCGGACGGGUCCUGCUCGACCCGGAGACGCAGACGGUGAGCGAAGACGUGGCCAACGCAGCCAUUAAGGUCAUCCGGCUCGGCGGCUCGACGGGUGUCGUCUCGAUCGACUAUACCACCACCGACGGAAGUGCGACGGCUGGCGCUGACUACUACGCUACCUCGGGCACACUGUCGUGGGCCAACGGCGAGGGCGGGUUCAAGACCAUCAACGUAGGCAUCAUCCAGGACGCCGUCUUUGAGGGCCAGGAGACCUUUACGCUUGCGCUCUCCAACCCGACCGGCGGUGUGGUGCUUGACGCGCCCAACGUCGCCACCGUGACCAUCGACACCUCGGACCAGGUCGCCGGCACCCUCGGCCUCGAGUUUUCGUCAUACGCUGUCGUCGAGGGCAAUACGCUCUCGGCGCUCGUCCUGCGGACCGGCGGCUCGGAUGGCCCGGUCUCGGUCACCUACGAGACCCUCGCCGGAACCGCUACUGCGCCGUCGGACUUUACUGCAGCUUCGGGCGUGCUCUCGUGGGCGCACGGCGAGUCUGGCGGCAAGGCCAUCGCCGUGCCCAUUGUCGACGACGCCGUUUUCGAGCCGGCUGAGUCGUUCCGCAUCUCGCUCUCCAACUUUCAGGGCGGCGCGCUGGUCGGCACCAAACAGGCCCUCGUGACCAUCGCCAAGUCGGACCAGGUCGCCGGCUCGGUCGGCUUCCAGACCGCGUCGACCGUGGUGGCCGAGAACGUCGGCCUCAUCACUGUCUACGUCGAGCGGACUGGCGGCUCUGACGGUCUCGUCACCGUCGACUUUGUGCCUGUUGACGUUACCACCACUGCCGGCCUCGACUACACCGUCACGCCGGGCACCCUCAGCUGGGCCUCGGGCGACUCGUCGGCCAAGCCCAUCAGCAUCAACAUCAUCGACGACUCCGACUUUGAGAUGAACGACGAAGAGUUCACCAUCCGCCUGCAGAACGCCGCCGGUGGCGUUUCCAUCGACGCCACCAAGUCGUCGUUCUCGGUCGUCAUCCAGGGCCCGUCCGACCAGGAGGCCGGCGCCAUCGCCUUCUCGCCCACCACCUACACCAUCGCCGAGUCAGCCGGCUCCAUCACUGCCAUCCUCACUCGAGUCAACGGCAAGGAUGGCCCGGUCUCGGUCUCGGUCCAGACCGCAGACUUUGAGGCGCUCGCGGGCUCCGACUACGUCGCCAAGACUGGCGUCAUCUCGUGGGCCAACGGCGAGUUUGGGCCCAAGGGCUUUGUUGUUUCGCUCCUCGACGACGCCGUCUUUGAGCCAAACGAGAUUUUCACCAUCCACGCCUCGGACCCGACCGGCGGCGUCGAGCUGGACGUCAACAACGAUACCGCCACUGUCACCAUCGCCCGCUCCGACCAGGAGGGCGGGGUCAUCAGCCUGCCCAAGACUCUGUUCUCGGUCCAGGAGGACGUCGGCGCCAUCCAGAUCCAGGUUUCCCGCACCUCGCCCGUCGCCGACGGCGCCGUCUCGGUCCAGUACUCUACCAUUGAUGGGAGCGCUGUCGGCGGCACCACCGGCGGUGACUUUUUGCACACCUCGGGAACCCUCACUUGGGCCGACAAGGACAACACGACUCGCUCCAUCUUCCUCAUCAUCAACGACGAUGCCGAAUUUGAGAACCUCGAGUCGUUCACUUUCCAGCUUUUCGACGUCCAGGGCGGCGCCAGCCUCGGCGCCUCGACCGCCACCAUCUCCAUAGCUGGGAAUGACCUGCGCCCUGGGUACGUAGCGUUUGAGGCCAACGGAGCGGCGUGCAGUGUCUGUCAGACCUCGGUCGUCGAGUCCAUUGGCACCGUCGUCCUCCAGGUUCAUCGCCUCGACGGCUUCAACUCGCCGGUCUCGGUCUCGUUCUCGGUCCUCGCCGGCACCGCCUCGACCUCGCAAGACUUUCUCGACUCGUCCGGCACCCUCACUUGGCCCAACGGCGAUGCGAAGCCCAAGAACAUUUCUAUCACCAUUCUCGACGACACCAUCUUUGAGGGUCCCGAGUCGUUCCUUGUCCUCCUCCACUCGCCGUCGGGAGUCACGCUCGGCGAGCACGACAACGCAACCGUCACCAUCAUUGGGCCCAACGACCAGGUUGGUGGCACCGUGGGCUUUGAGGCCGCCUCGCUCGCCGUCUUUGAGGAGGAUGGCUCUGUCUCUGUCAACGUCCGCCGCGAGGGCGGCGACGACGGCCCGGCGCAGGUCGCCUACGCUAUGGUCGCCGAAUCGGCCGUCAAUGGCUCGGACUUUAUCAUGUCUUCGGGCGUGCUCUCGUGGGCCGACCAAGAUGCUACCGUCCGGACCAUUGUUGUCCAGCUCAUCGACGACACUGUUUUCGAGACUCAAGAACUGUUCCGGGUCGUCCUCUCCAACUACGUCGGCGGUGGCAGCCUCGGUCUUGCCUCGGUCAACGUCUUCAUCGAGGAGUCAGACCGCAUCGCCGGAACCAUCCAGUUUGCUUCCGCGCUCUACCGGUUCGACGAGUCGGUCGGCACCUUUGCGCUCGAGGUGACCCGGAUCAAUGGAACAGAUGGCCUUGUGACCGUCGACUUUUCGUCUCUCGCAGGCUCGGCCACCGCCGGCGUCGACUACUCGCUCGCCUCGGGCUCGCUUGUGUGGGCGUCAGGCGAGAGCGGAUCCAAGCUGGUGACCGGCUCCAUCGUCGACGACUCGAUCUAUGAGGUCUUUGACGAGUCGUUCACCGCAGUCCUCUCCAACCCGACCGGCGGCGCUACCCUCGGCUCGCCGGCCACCGCCGCAGUCCUCAUCACCGGGCCCAACGACUUUGUCGCCGGAAUGCUCCAAUUCUCGGCAACCUCGUACUCGGUCAUCGAAGAGUCGGGCGAGGCGCUGCUCACCGUCCAGCGCACUGGCGGCUCGGACGGCCUCGUCACCGUCAGCUACUCGAUCACGCCGGGCACUGCCACGCCCGAUGUCGACUACCGUGCCGCCAACGGGACGCUCGUCCUCCCGGACACCGUCACCCAGGUGACCCUCCGCAUCCCCAUCUACGACGAUGCCGUCUACGAGCGCAUCGAGUCGUUUGCAGUCUCACUCGCGCCGCCCACUGGGGGCGCCUCCCUCUCGCCCUCCCUCUCUACCGCCACCGUCUUUGUCUUUGACGACGUCGACCGCACCCCGGGCGAGCUUGUCGUCCCGUGCGCUGUCCUCGCCGUCGACGAGGACGCCGGCUCGCUCGAGGUCAAGGUCGAGCGCCGCAACGGAGCCGACGGCUUUGUCUCGGUCGAGGCCAUCGUCCUCAACGGCACGGCUCUCAUCGGUUCCGACAUUGCCGCCAACGGCGGCGGCACCGCCCGCUACGCGCUCAACUGGACAGAUCUCGACGACUCGGCUGCCUCGUUCCACAUCAACAUCAUUGACGAUACGCUGUACGAAGUGCCCGAGGUCUUCUACAUCCAGCUCGCCAACCCGACCGGCGGUCCGACCGUCGACACCUCGUCGCGCAUCGCGGUCUACAUCCGCGGCCCCAACGACGUCGAGAACGAGGUGCCGGCCGCGCUGCGGUCGGCAACCGUGGCCAAAGACCAGUCGUCGUGGGAGUGGGCUGGCCCGCUCUUCCUCGGCGUCUCGCUCCUCCUCCUCCUCCUAGUACUCCUCUUCCUCAUCCUUUGCAUCAUCUACAUGCGCUCGUCGCGGCAGCCCAUGCCCGUUGCCGUCGACCGCCACCAGGUCGCCGUUGACCCGCACCAGACCCCGCACAAGACCGAGGUCCUCGAAGUCCGCCACGUCCGCGCCUCAGCCGGCGGUGCCGAUCUCGACUCGACCCGCCUUGUUGACGACUACUCGUACUCGGCUGCCGCCGGAAACUGGGCCGAGCCGGGCGAGGGCUACGAUGACGAUGACAUCAUCUUUGACGACUACGAGUACGACGAGCCGCGAUCGGCAGACGCGGCGUACAUGUAGUGCACGCCAUUCUGCCACAGCACUGUAACAUCCAUCUCGCACGGAACGCUGGGCUCCUUGGCGGGUGCCGCAGUCGGCUCGACGCGAUGCAGAACUAGCCCUCCGUCCGCGGCGCGAUGCGCGGCGAGUCUGCACGCUUGUCGAUCAACGCCGAGCGUGUGGGGAGGGAGCAAAGCCAGCCAGAAUGUGUUUACGAGAAUGUGCCACGUGCGUUCAAAGGACACAGUCUCCUUUCCGCUACACUGCCAAGCUUUUGAGCAAGCCCAGGAUGACACCAAAGUUGCCCUCGCCCGUCCGUCCGCGCCCGCCAGAGGCCUCGGUCAUGAGAUGGGCAAAGAGCUGGCGAACAGCCAUGUGCAGGAUGCCCAGCGCGUCGCCGACCGAGUUGCCGACCGAGAUCAAGCCCAUCAAACCCUUGGUCCACGAGUCCUUGAGUACCAAGACGAGGCCGGCCAUUUCCGACGGCGACCAGGCAACGCCGAGCUCGCGGCAAACGCCAAAGAGCACGGCGUAGUUCAUCGUCGCGAGCUCGGGAUGCACCAAGUGGUCGAGCCAGACCACGGUCCGCGCAGACUUGAUAACCCGCUUCUUGUCGGGCCGCUUUGUGCGGACCAUAAACUUGCCGGUCGUG